GCGUUAAAUAAUCCCGUUUCAUAUAUGUGCCGGUACGCGAGUACGUCGUCCGUCCGUCGUGCGGUGUUUCUCGCGCAUGGGUGAUAUGUUAUUGGAGAUGGAGCAACAUUCGGGCCUGAUAUCCCUGAGCAUGUCGCCGUUUCACCUGAGUCCGCAGGGCAGCCCGCAGGCCGCCGGCCAGCAGACCCCGCAACAGCAGCAGCCGCAGCCGCACUACGGCUCGGCUUACAGCAGUUGCGCGCAAAGCUCGCCAUCGCCCAUGUGCCAUCAGCCGCAAUCUCAAUCGCAGCAACAACAACAAAUGUCCGCUCACGGUCAGGCGGCCCAGUCGCAGAGCAUGUCGGGUUUCGAGGCCGCCUUCUUCGAGCCCAUGCCGCUCGAGGACCCCCGUUGUCCGAUUCGAGAUCUGCGCCACAAAAAGGUGUACACGUGUCGUUCCCGCCAACAGGAGCCGGAAAGCGGAACAGGAGGCUGCGGCGGCACAUCCACCAGCCUGGAUGGUAACGGUGGUGGUGGCGGUUACACCGGCAGCGGCGGCGGCACUGCCGCCGGAGGCAGCGGUCCAGGCACGACCAACGCCACCGUCAGCGGCGGAGCCGGCGGCGGCGGGCCGGCCGCUGCCGCGGGAAGCGGCAACGUCGCCACCGGCGGUGCGGUUCCGACCGGCGGCGGUACCCUGUGUCACCCCGGACUGGGCCAGGUCGGCGUUGUGACCGGCUCGAUACCAUGUCCGUCCGAUUUCCCGGAUACCAAGGACAUCGUCAUCGAGGAGCUGUGUCCGGUAUGCGGUGACAAGGUGUCCGGCUAUCACUACGGUUUACUCACGUGUGAGUCCUGCAAAGGAUUCUUCAAGCGCACCGUCCAGAACAAGAAGGUCUACACGUGCGUCGCCGAGAGGUCCUGUCACAUCGACAAGACGCAACGGAAACGGUGUCCGUAUUGUCGUUUUCAAAAGUGCCUCGAAGUCGGCAUGAAGCUCGAAGCUGUACGGGCGGACAGGAUGCGGGGCGGUAGAAACAAAUUCGGACCCAUGUACAAGAGGGAUAGGGCGCGGAAGCUCCAGCUGAUCCGCCAACGGCAGCUGGCGAUUCAAACCAUACGCGUCUUGUACAUACAUGUCGACGAUCAGAUGAAGCUACUACAACAUUCUUGGUCGGAUAUGUUGGUGCUAGAUCAUCUUCAUCAGAGGUUACACAAUAAUCUGCCCGACGAGACGACACUUCACAAUGGCCAAAAGUUUGAUCUUCUCUGUCUCGGCCUACUCGGAGUUCCUUCCUUGGCCGAAACCUUCAGGGAAUUAUCCAAAACAUUGCAGGAAUUAAAAUUCGACUCCUCCGAUUACAUAUGCAUGAAAUUCCUAAUGCUGCUGAAUCACGAUGUCCGUGGACUAGUAAACAAGAAGCAUGUGCAAGAGGGUCACGAGCAGGUUCAACAUACGCUUAUGGAAUACACAUUAACGAGUUAUCCAUCUAUACCGGAUAAAUUUCACAAGUUGUUAGCAGUAUUACCGGACAUUCAUGAGGUGGCAACCAAGGGGGAAGAGCAUCUUUAUCAGAAACAUUGUAACGGAGGUGCGCCGACACAAACACUUCUCAUGGAGAUGCUUCACGCCAAGAGGAAAUGAAACAAUCGAUUUUACUUGGUAAUCUUUGCCAUCGAAUAAGAAACAAGUCCGUUAUCACAUAUAUGUAUGCAUAUGCGCGUACACACACACACACACACACACACACACAACAAAACACAUAUACACACGCAGUCCUAUUAACGCCCCUAAUCGUGAGACAGAGUGGACCUCAAAGUAUCUAUUAAGAGCUAAAACGCUGCUAAGGUAUCGGACCAAGUAAAGGGGCCCUGGUUCAUGAAAUACCUAUGCAUACAAAUCAAGUAUAGACAUACAUACUUUACAUAUAUAUAUACAUAGUAUAUGUAUUAUAAAGUGUAUCUAAAUAUAUAAACACAAUGACAUAUAUUUUCUAUAUUUGAUGUUGAAGUUUUAGAGAUGUAUCCGUGAAGAAUUACCCCUGUUAAUGGGUAUAAGCGCAGGGAAACAGUAAGCAAGAUGCCUUGAAAACAGUACAAAGGGUGGUUAACAAAAAAUAUUGGUCAAAGGGCAGGCAACUUUUGUCUAAAUAAGUAAAGCUAUUUUUCUAAUACUUAGAAGCGAAUUUAUUUUUAAGCAUACCACACUGAAGCCUUGCUCUCACUCGAACGAAAUAUAUCGUACUGCUAAAAGAGAAUCGAAUUCUCUCUCCAGAUCAAUCGUGCUUCUGCAAGGGAUUCAAUGGGCAUACUUGAAUGACAAUGAACUUGCAUGUGAUAUACAUAUGUGUUUGUCGCACGGCCACCUGGGCAUCCUUAGAAUUUCCUAUAAAGAAACAAAUCUGCAUUUUUGUCACACUUGCACACAGCGGGGCUACUAUAUUGUAAAUACUAGUUAACACAUUCCAAUUACGUUGUAAAGUACGGAUCAUGUUAAAUAUGUAAUUACAAUAUUUUGUGUAUAGUUGAAUAAUGAAACGAAAUAAAUAUAUUUCUGUUGCUUACUUGAGGAAAAAUCAUUAGCUACUUAAUGUCUUCACUAAUUUUAGGCUCUUAUUCAUGUAUCUUUCUUUAUUACUUUUCAAAUAGGUGGCGGAAAGGAAUAACUACAAAUUGCGAUAUUUUACUAUUGUAUGUUGUAUCAUAAUAAAGAUUUUGUUUAAGAAAUAAAAAAAUAAUUGGAGCAAGGUUUAUGUGGUCCUAUAUUGUCUAGCAAUUAAUUCUAAACGCAUAAGGUAAUAUUAAUCAUAUUGCAGUUGUUAAAUAGAGAAACGUUUAGUAAAUGUUAAGAUAGCGAUCGAAAAUAGUAAUUUUUCACUAAUAGACUAUUAUUAUUAAAUAUUAUUAUUAUUAUUAUUAUUAAUUAUUGCUAUUAUUAUUAUUUAGCCAAUAGUCAGAAAUUCUUCAGUGCUGUGAAAGUUUGUCUUUUCGACACCUGUGUGGUAUUCGAAGCCAUUGGAAAUUACAUAUUAUCUCAGAUGCAAAGUUUAAACAUGACAAUCAAGACAGAAAUCUUUCCUCGCACUGGUAGAUUGGUAAUGUUAUCCGUUGCGCGACUCCUCUUGUUUUUAUUCACGUAUCAAACACGUACCUGCUGCAAAAAAAAUGCUAUUUUACUAUUUUCACUUUUUCCACCGAUAUCUUUCAAUAUAUAAUUAGAUGUGUAAAGUGCUUGUUGGAGAAGCGGAAACUUGACGUUUCACGUUAGAUUAAGAAUCGAGUGUUAAAUCAAAUCAAGAGGAACGGUAACGAAUAUUAUUACCAAUUACGAUUCAAUAUUUUCCCGAGGGCACCACAUGUACUUAUCGCGUGAGUAAAGAUUUGUGUCCACCGCGUCAAGUUUGACUUUACACACGAUAUAGAAUAUGCUAAUGUUCCCAAAUUUUCAAAUCGUCCGGUUCUUCACGUUAAGCACGAACGGCGCGCGGAACCAGCCUAGGCUUAUCAUUGUUCUCAUUUUUAAUAGUGCUUUUUUGAGAAAAAAAAA